AGAUAGACGCUUACAUAUGAAAAGAGCAAUCUCAUGGAUUGCGAGACAGAUGUAAAUGAUGCAUGUUGAGCAGAAAAGAUGUAUAUUGGGUUUAAGGAAAUGGCUUCCCUGAAUCUGCAAGUGACCUCUGAUAUACUUCCCUGGAAGUUCAAUAUCUUAGCUGGUUGCUUCCUGAGUCAGCAAUAGAUUUCUCUUCAUAGCACUACUUAUUUGUAACUUGCAUGCUCUUCCUUAUUGAAUUUUCAAGAGGUUAUUAAUAUGGCGUCCUCUUCUGCUGCUGCUGAUGUUCUCCCUCGAAACAAACUUGAAAGAGGGGAAGAAAUUGCACACGCCCUGGUGGAAGCAAUAGAGCAAUCAAAGAUUUCGAUAAUCGUUCUAUCAGAAAACUACGCCUCUUCUACCUGGUGAUUGGAUGAACUUGUGCAUAUACUGAAAUGCAAGCAAAGAUACGGACAUAUUGUUAUACCUGUAUUUUAUGAAAUAGAUCCAUCACAUGUACGAAAACAAGAGGGAAGCUAUGCAGGUGCAUUUGCAGCUCAUGAAGUGAAAAACAUGGACAAAGUGCUCAGUUGGAGGAAAGUUUUGUCAACUGUAGCUAAUUUAUCUGGGUUUCAUUCAAAAAAUACCAGACCCGAGUCUGCAUUGGUUGAGAUAAUUGUGAAAGAAGUUUCGAAGAAAUUGAAUUGUGACUCGCCAAAUAUUUCGAGAGGUCUAUUUGGGAUUGAAAGUCAGAUCCAACAAAUUGAACUGUUAUUAUCCGUUCAAGCACAAGAUGUUCCGAUACGCAGAGUAGGUAUUUGGGGCAUGGGUGGUAUUGGAAAGACCACCCUUGCUAAUGAGGUAUUUCUCCGAUUCUCUUCUGAUUUUGAUUCAUGUUCUUUCUUUGCAAAUGUUAGGGAGGAGUCAGAGAAAUAUGGCAUACAUCAUAUGCGAAAUAAACUUCUUUGUGAGUUAUUAGAGGAGGAAAGCCUAAAUAUUGGCUCUCAAUCUAUAGGGGCACAUAUUUUAAGCAGGUUGUCCCGUACAAAGGUCCUCGUUGUUCUAGAUGAUGUGAAUGAUUCAAGCCAAAUAGAAGCUUUACUUGGAGAUCAGGUUGUGUUUGCAUGGGGAAGUAGAAUCAUUAUAACCUCUAGAGAUAAGCGCCCGCUGAUAGAUACAGUUGAAGAUGAACAUUUAUACCUGAUGAAGGGGUUGGAGAUUGAUGAUGCUCUUCAGCUUUUUCAUUUGAAAGCUUCUAAAAAUGACCUUUCUAGAACGACUUGUUUGGACUUGUCAAGAAGAGCAAUAGAGAUUGCUAAAGGUAUACCAUUAUUUCUCACAGUUUUGAGUUCCUCAUUUGGUGAUUGCAAAACCAGAGAAGAUUGGCAAGAUGAAUUGAACAGGUGGCAGAACUUUCCGAACAAAAAAAUUGAAGAUAGGUUGAGACCAAGUUAUAAUGGAUUACAAGAGGAUGAGAAGGGAAUAUUCCUCGAUAUAGCAUGUUUCUUCAAAGGGGAGAAGAGAGGGAAGACAGAAAGAAUAUUACAAAUGCAUGGGUUCUCUGCACGGAGGGGAAUUCAGAUUCUCAUCAAUAAGUCUCUUAUAGCAAUUGACAUAGAGGAUCACCUAGAGAUGCAUGAUUUGCUGCAAGAAAUGGGUCGGUCCAUUGUUCGUGAACAAUGCACUCAUAACUCUGGGAAGCGCAGUAGGUUAUGGGAUGCCAAGGAUGUCUAUCAAGUAUUGAAAAACAAGAUGGGAACGACAAGAAUUGAAGCCAUAAGUUCAGACAUAUCUUCCAUUCGGGAGUUACAACUGAGUCCUAACACCUUCAAAAAUAUGCACAGCCUAAGGUUGCUACGAUUUUAUGCACAUCCAAAAAUGGUCACCAAAAUGCACCUUCCUGAAGGUCUCAAGUUCUUACCUGACGACCUUAGAUAUCUAUACUGGGAGAGCUACCCUUCUGAAUCUAUGCCAUCAGAAUUUUCUGCGGACAAUCUAAGAGAGCUUCAUCUGCCCAAUGGCAAAGUUAAGAACCUUUGGAAUAAUAAUGGCCAGAUAUUGUCGAAUUUAAAGAGGUUGAAUCUUAAAGGAUGCGAAAACCUGACUGAAGUUCCGGAUUUUUAUCAGUGCCCAAAUAUUGAAACAUUAGUUCUCAGCGGUUGUACAGGUUUGGUUAAACUGUCUGUUAAAAAGUUUGAUACGCUUACUACUUUGAAACUUUCAGGCUGCUCGAGUCUUGAGUUUUAUCCGGAGAUUCCUUGCAAUGUGCAGAACUUAGAUUUGUCUUGGUCUAAGCUUACUGAAGUUCCUGAUCUCUCUCAAUGUCCAAAUAUUAAGAAAUUGUAUCUGAAUCAUUGUGCGGAGCUGGUUCGACUUCCUAAUGGAUAUCUUAAACAUCUUACCAACCUUACCACUCUUAAUAUGGCACACUGCUCAAGUCUUGCAAUUUCUCCAGAGUUACCAUGCAGUUUACGAACCCUAGAUUUGUCUUCCUGCUAUCGACUGACUGAAGUUCCUGAUCUCUCUGAGUGUCCAAAUAUUAAGAAAAUAGAUCUCUGUUGGUGCACAAGCUUGGUUCAACUCCCAAUAUUAAGAGAUUUUGACAAGCUUACUCGUUUGGAGCUGGCAGGGUGCUCUGGCCUUAAAGCUUCUCCACAGUUACCAAGCAAUAUACGACAUUUGGAUUUGUCUUCUUGUUCUCAACUGGUUGAAGUUCCAGAUCUCUCCGAGUGUCCAAAUAUUGAGGAUGUAGAUUUCAGUCGGUGUUCAAGUUUGGCUCAACUCCCUAAUUCCACAUUCAAAAAUCUUGACAAGAUUUUUCGUCUGCAGAUGGCAAGGUGCUUGAGUCUUAGAGUUUGUCCCGAGUUACCACCCAAUAUACGAGAUUUGAAUUUGUCUAAUUGCUCUCAACUGACUGAAGUUCCGGAUCUCUCUGGCUGUCCAAAUAUCGAGACAAUAGAUCUCUGUCAUUGUACAAGUUUGGUGCAGAUCCCUGAUUCUUAUCUUAGAAAUCUUGACAAGCUUACUUCUCUGUAUCUGGAGGACUGCUCGAGUCUUAAAGUCUUCCCCAAAAUACCAAAAAAUGUACGACACUUGCAUGCACCUUCUUGCUCUCAGCUGAUUGCAUUUCCUGAUAUCUCCGGGUGUCCUAACAUUGAGAGAGUAGAUCUCAGUGACUGUACAAGUUUGGUUCAUGUCCCUUCAUAUGUCAGAAAUCUUGAUUUCUUUCGACACCCAAAUAUUAGGAUUAAGCUACUUGGUUGUACAAGUUUGGACCAACCCCCUUCAAUCAUACGUAAAAGAUUUUGACAAGCUUGUACAAACUUGUUUGGGUCUUGCUGUG